AUGGUUCUGAUGAACGCUGGCGUGGAGAAGCUCGUACCACAGGAUGAAACAGCGUCAUGGUGGAUGAAUGUAUUUUGUAGAAUUAUAGUGGUGGCCUGCAUAUCACCGUCUCGUCAUUUGCAGGGAUUGCCAUAA